AUGGACCGGCCCCCGGGACUGCGGCCCGGCGCGGGCGGGCCCUGGGAGAUGCGGGAGCGGCUGGGCACGGGCGGCUUCGGGAACGUCUGUCUCUAUCAGCACCGGGAACUUGGUAACAAAAUAGCUAUUAAAUCUUGCCGCCUGGAGCUAAGUGCAAAAAAUAAAGACCGAUGGUGCCAUGAAAUCCAGAUCAUGAAGAAGUUGAAUCAUCCCAGUGUUGUAAAGGCCUGUGAUGUUCCUGAGGAGAUGAAUUUCUUGAUUAAUGAUGUCCCUCUUCUGGCCAUGGAAUACUGCUCAGGGGGAGAUCUUCGGAAGUUACUCAACAAGCCAGAAAAUUGCUGUGGACUUAAAGAGAGUCAAGUCCUUUCUCUGCUUAGUGAUAUUGGGUCGGGAAUUCAAUAUUUGCAUGAAAAUAGAAUUAUUCACAGAGAUCUAAAACCUGAAAAUAUAGUUCUUCAGGAUGUUGGUGGGAAGAUAAUUCAUAAGAUAAUUGAUUUGGGAUAUGCUAAAGACCUUGAUCAGGGAAGUCUGUGCACAUCUUUUGUGGGAACGCUGCAAUAUCUGGCUCCAGAGCUCUUUGAGAACAAGCCAUAUACUGCUACUGUUGAUUAUUGGAGCUUUGGGACAAUGGUGUUUGAAUGUAUUGUGGGAUAUAGACCUUUCCUACAUCAUCUGCAGCCAUUUACCUGGCACGAAAAGAUUAAAAAGAAAGAUCCCAAGCACAUAUUUGCGUUUGAAGAGAUGACUGGAGAGGUUAGAUUUAGUAGCCACUUACCUCAACCAAAUAGCCUCUCUAGUUUCAUAGUAGAGCCAAUGGAGCAGUGGUUACAGUUGAUGCUGACUUGGGAUCCUCAGCAGAGAGGGGGAAGUCUGGACGUCACACUGAAGCAGCCAGGAUGCUUUGUGAUCAUGGAGCACAUACUGAACUUGAAGAUAGCGCAUAUAUUGAAUAUGACUUCUGCCAAGAUAAUUUCCUUCCUGCUGUCGCCGGAGGAGAGUCUUCAUUCACUCCAGUCUCGGAUUGAGCAUGAGACCGGAAUAAAUACGGCUUCUCAAGAACUGCUGUUAGAGAUGGGGAUUUCCCUGGACCCUCGGAAGCCUGCCUCUCAGUGUGUUCUAGAUGGAGUACGAGGCUGUGAUAGCUACAUGGUAUAUUUGUUUGAUAAAAGCAAGAUCGUCUAUGAGGGGCCCUUUGCUUCCAGAAGUUUAUCUGAAUGUGUAAAUUAUAUUGUAAAGGACAGCAAAAUCCAAUUACCAGUUAUGCAGCUGCGUAGAGUGUGGGCUGAAGCUGUGCAUUAUGUGUCUGGGCUCAAAGAAGACUACAGCAGGCUCUUCCAGGGGCAGAGAGCAGCAAUGUUGAGUCUUCUUCGCUAUAAUGCUAACUUAACCAAAAUGAAGAACACCAUGAUCUCAGCGUCUCAGCAACUGAAAGCAAAAUUGCAGUUUUUUCACCAGAGCAUCCAGCUUGACCUGGAUAGAUACAGUGACCAGAUGACUUAUGGGAUAUCCUCAGAAAAAAUGCUGAAAGCCUGGAAAGAAAUGGAAGAAAAGGCCAUCCAGUGUGCACAGGCUGGUGAUAUCGGAUACUUGGAUGAGCAAAUCAUGUCCCUGCAUACAGAAAUUGUGGAGCUGCAGAGGAGCCCUUCUGCAAGGCGUCAGGAAGAUGUCAUGGACUCUCUGGAACAGAAAGCCAUUGAUCUCUACAAGCAACUGAAGCCCAGAUCUCCAGAUCAUUCCUACAGUGAUAGCUCGGAGAUGGUGAAAAUCAUUGUGCUGACUGUGCAGAACCAGGACCGAGUUCUCAAGGAGUUGUUUGGUCACCUCAGCAAGCUGUUGGGCUGUAAGCAGAAGAUUAUUGACCUGCUCCCCAAGAUUGAAGCGGCCCUCAAUAGCAUCAAAGAAGCUGACAGUACAGUCAUGUUGAUGCAGGGAAAGAGGCAGAGGGAAAUUUGGCAUCUGCUAAAAAUCGCUUGUACUCAGAGUUCUGCUCGAUCCCUUGUUGGAACCAGUCUAGAAGGUGCAGUCACUACUCCAACUCCUGCAGGUCUACCCUCAACCUUGACAGCCCCUAUACCCCGUUCUCUGUCCUGUGGUGUACUAAAUGCUCAGGAUGGAGAAACUUUUACACAAAUAGUAGAGGAAAAUCUGAAUUAUCUUGGCUGUUUGAGUACUGUUAUUCGCGAGGCAACAGAGGAACAGGGUAAGAGUCUAAUGAGUCUUGAUUGGAGUUGGCUGAAGUAGUGAUGGCCUCUGACUGUCCCAAAGCCCAUGAAGAUACUGAUUGUUCUCAUGUAUCCUACAGUGACCAGAAUCAACUCUAGGGUUGUGUGUACAGGGAUUUGGUUUUCAUUCAUUUUAACCUGGGUUAAAUGAUCUGAAGCUCAUUGGCUUUUUAUAAAAUGUAUACUGUACCAAAUAUUUACCAAGUACAGCUAUUUGGGAGCACUGUGAGCCAUCGUUUUGAUGCUUCAAAGCUCUGUCAUGCUAGGUUUUUUUUCCCCCUGAUUAUGAUACCUGUCCUCUCCUUCAGACAUUAUACUUUACCUGUAUUCAGAAAUACAGGUCAAGGGGAGCCUUAUGGAGCUGGAGAAGAACACAAGGGGGCUUGGGAACAAGAACCUUCCAACGGCCUUCAUCAACUGACUUUCCCUUUGAGAAUGGGAUCUUCAGGCCUCUGAGUACCGGCUGUGGGUGACUCAGCUCCCCGCAGAUGAGGGAUUUGACCGGAGUGAAUGUGCUCCAUGGUGGUGAAGCCACGACUUUUUCACAUUGGCGUUUUACUGUUCUAAUUUUUCCUGACUUCAGAUUAUUUUCCAGGAAAUUGAGCCAAUUUGUGUUGGCAAAGAGAUAUAGAUCUUGUUAACAUGCUCCCUGGCACCAAAGACACUGCCAUGGGAGUGAGAAUAAACACGUGCUGAACCACACAAGUUUUUUCAGAGUGAGCUGGGCACAGGUUUGUUCCCAUUCCUCUAACAAUACCUUUGGUCUCCGUGAGUGUUGGCAAGCUUCCCAAAGGGUGUGACUGGCCAUGUAAAUGUAUUGUAUACACUGACAUGUAUAUGUGUUUAAAAUGUACAUUAAUAAUGUCAUAUUCUGCUGUAAUUUAUGAAUUCAAGAGACCAGCUUUUUCAGGUCCUCCAAAUGGCGCAGGAUAAACCUCAAUGUUUUCAAGAGUCUUAAUAGGUUUCAUUGUAUAAAUUUCAUACAGUAUUUCUGAAAUUUAGAGAGUUUGGUUGUACAAAGAAAAUAAAUGUUUUUGUAUUACAUGUGAA